GCUAGCGCAUAGGAAAAAGCAUGGAAGAUGAAAAGUUGAAAACAAAUCCAAAACGGGGAUUGGAGUUAAAAAAAAAUAUUGACUGAUUGAGAGAGAUAAUAGAAAGUGAAAGGGAAGAUGAAGGCUGAGAAGAACAACCAGGGCAUUUAGGAAAGAGCUGUGGUUGUUGUGCCUUCCUUGCCGGUGCCUUCAUUUUCCUUUCCAUCCCCUUUCUCUUACCUAUCUUCCAACAGAUCUCCUUGUUUAGGCAUAGAGUAUCUCAGAAUUUCUGAAUUUACUCACCACCCAUCAAUAUAACCUAUUUCUAAUCGUGGAAUUGAGAUCUUAAUGGAAAGCGAGAGGAAGCCGUCAGCGGUGUCAGAUGUAGGAGCGUGGGCUAUGAACGUCAUAAGCUCUGUUGGAAUUAUCAUGGCCAACAAACAGCUCAUGUCCUCCUCCGGUUACGCUUUCAGUUUUGCCACAACCUUGACGGGGUUCCACUUCACUGUAACGGCUUUGGUGGGUCUGGUGUCGAAUGCAACUGGAUUAUCCGCAUCUAAGUAUGUUCCUAUGUGGGAGCUUCUCUGGUUCUCUGUUGUGGCUAAUAUGUCUAUUGCUGGCAUGAACUUUAGUCUGAUGCUCAAUUCUGUUGGCUUCUACCAAAUCUCCAAAUUGAGUAUGAUUCCCGUUGUCUGUGUCAUGGAAUGGAUUAUUAACAACAAACACUACUCAAGAAAAGUGAAAAUGUCUGUUGUGGUUGUUGUUAUUGGUGUUGGUGUUUGUACCGUCACUGAUGUCAAAGUUAACGCCAAAGGUUUUCUUUGUGCGUGUCUAGCCGUGUUCUCUACAUCUUUGCAGCAAAUUACAAUAGGCUCCUUGCAGAAGAAGUACUCAAUUGGAUCUUUUGAAUUGUUGAGUAAGACAGCUCCAAUUCAAGCCCUUUCUCUCCUUGUUCUUGGUCCAUUUGUUGAUUACUACCUUAAUGGAAAAUUUAUAACAAACUAUAAGAUGUCUACCGGGGCCAUUCUUUUUAUUCUUUUGUCGUGCACCCUAGCAGUUUUCUGUAAUGUGAGUCAGUACCUCUGCAUCGGGCGAUUUUCAGCAACUUCCUUCCAGGUUUUAGGUCACAUGAAAACACUUUGUGUUCUCACAUUGGGAUGGCUGCUCUUUGAUUCUGAGAUGACUUUCAAGAACAUAAUGGGGAUGGUUCUUGCUGUUGUGGGCAUGGUAAUAUAUAGCUGGGCUGUGGAGGCUGAUCGGUCAAAUGCUAGGACGUUACCACAAACAAAGAACAGUCUUACAGAAGAAGAAAUUAGGCUUUUGAAGGAGGGAGUGGAAAACACACCAGUGAAAGAUGUUGAACUUUCCGAGUCUAAAGGGUAGUGUACCUAUUUUUGGCUGGGAAUACAUUUAAUUUUUUUUUUUCAAUUAUCACAGUUUGUAUCUUUGUAUUAUUUAUGCUUCAGCAAGACAUCUGUCUACGCAUUUAUUUUACAAAUUGUUUUCUUAUUCAUUGAAAAUUUUAUUCUUGUUUAAUUUAUCUGUACUUUGUAGCAGUGUAUGUGCAAAGAGUUCAAUAGGGAAGAUUAUGGUAGAACAAUGGAAUGGUGAAAUCCAUAUUUCAGUUUAAAGGUUUUUA